AGAGGGGCUCAUGUUGUAUUUGCGUUUCCUCUGUGGGUGAUUUCAUACAUAGCUACAAAUUUUCACACCUUAUAUUAUUUUAUUUUAUUUUAGAGACUAUCAUAGCUCUUAUUUUAAAAAAUAAUAAAAAUAUUCAUAGAAGAAAUACUUCACGUCUUCAUCCCUGUAAUGUGAUUUUGGCCUAUCAAGAUUGGUAUUGGGCCGUUAAUGGGAUUUUAUUUAGUUCGUCAACAAAGUCGAGAAAGUUAGACCUUCGCACCGCCCAUGCUCAUUACUCACUCAAUUCUGCAAUGGAGGAACCGCAUCGCCGGAAAAUCAACGACCGUCAAACCGGUGAAGCUUUCUUCCAUUGUGCCGCCAUCGUCAUCCCUUACCUCAAUUCCGCCGAGCUAGCCUCCAUCUCCUCCACCUGCAAAACCUUGCACAACAUCUCCACUAACGUAACUUCCCGCAGAACCUCCGACGCUUCCAGAGGUUUCGAGAAACUUUCUGUCCCGUUUCACAACCCCAUCCCCGGUUAUCCCCAGCCCUACUCCUACUUUCUCUACACUCCAUCGCAGACCCUCCGCGCAACACCCGACUUCCGGCAGCCAUGGGGCUCCGACCACGAUGCUCGACCCGAUCCUCCGUAUCCAUUUCUAUUCCGCGUCGACGGCGCUGCCGGUUGCGAGUGCACGAACGGCUGCGGCGGCGAUUGUUGCCCGUGCUUGAAUCUAGAAUGCGGUCCGAGUUGCAAGUGUGACUCGAUGUGCGGCAACAGGGCGACUCAGUGCGGGGUGACUGUGAGGUUGAAGAUCGUAAAAGACGAUAGAAAGGGUUGGGGUCUCUAUGCGGCGGAGCUAAUUACCGCUGGACGGUUUAUCUGCGAAUACGCCGGUGAGGUUUUGCCGACCAAGGAAGCUAGAGAAAGGCAGCAAAACUAUGAUGAAACGGCGAGGAUCGAGCGGCUGAGUCCGGCUCUUUUGGUGGUGAAGGAGCAUCUUCCAUUUGGAAACACAUGUAUGAGGAUGAACAUCGACGCUACCAGAAUCGGCAACAUUGCACGAUUCAUCAACCAUUCAUGUGAUGGCGGGAACCUCGACACCGUGAUAGUCAGGAGUUCUGGCGCCUUGCUGCCCCGCGUCUGCUUCUUUGCGGCCUCGGAUAUUCAGGAGGACGAUGAGCUCACUUUCAGUUAUGGCGACGUCGCCCUCAAUGCCGAUCCUCGCCCUUGUUUCUGUGGUGCCUCUUCUUGUGCCGGUAUCCUACCGUCUGAACACACAUGAUCGCAGCCACGUGUAAACGGUAUCCUGCUGUUUCACUCAUCAUCACUGCUUGUUGUAAUGAAUGGAUCAAUCAGUGUUGUGUUAAUAAACUUGAUUUUCACUAGCAAUAUAACAAAGUGCAUGUGGAGAGCUGCAUUGUGUUGUGUACAACUAUAUCUUUUUUCCUUCCUAUCAUUUAUUUGCUGAUGAUUGGCUUCAUGCGUGAAGAUUGCAGAGGAGAAAUGGGAGAGCCGUCGCUGCUUUGAGAUGCAUCCUGAACCUGAGCAGCAAACUGCAGAUUCCAGACUACAUCUUCGAUGGAAGGUCUUUCAGCUGGAUCUUUGAGUAAGCAUCUGCAGCAUAUCCCAAUCAUUGUUCUCGCGGAUUCACCAGAGCACGUGUUUCUAACUGCUGGAUCGACUAAACUCCUCGAUGAAUCCUCACUUGUUAUUCUCGCAUUCAUCUGCAUAACAUAUUUUAAAUGAAAGUAUUACCAGUUGCUCAGUUUUGGUAGAAUAUUUUGGCUCUUUUAAACUGAUAUAAGCUCAGUUAACUUCAUUUUACUGCAUCCUUUGGUACUUUGGGAAGAAGGGAGAUAACAUAAUGCAAUUAUAGUUCAUGACUACCUCAUCUUUUACUGCA